AUGGGCGGCGCAUACAGCAGGCCCGCCGACAGCGAGGUGCCCAGCUUGCGAGUUGCCUCGAACCAGGAGGCCGGCCAAGUGACGAUUUCGGAAGAGGAGGCAACAGUCUUGGUGUCGAGCAAGUUCACCAGCUCUGUGUUCAGCAUAGACGACCACGCACCCUACGUCCAGCCGACCGCCCUUCUCGACUACUGGCUUGACGGCAUACGCAAGCAUGACAUGAGGAAGCGGGUGGUGGUCAAGUUCGUGCUGGUCGAUCUGGCCUACUGGCAUCAGAACCCCACUCUUGCGUGGCUCGUCCGACGCAUAAUCAAGACCGAAGUGGGGCCUCACUUGCUUCACUGGUUCGACGGCUCACUGGUGCACACCAAGGAGCUGCACUCGGAUGAUGCCCUCCUGGCACUCGACGUCGGCGUACUUGAUGUCACCCAGCCUGCGGACAUGGAGAGUCUGCGCAAGGUAAUCGUGUGGAACGCGACCAAGCACUACGACCAGCGCACCUGCACGUGCCAGCAUUUCGUCGCCAGCGCGCUCCGUACCCUUGGCUUGAGCAAGCCAGUUCAAGGCGAGAUCGGUGUGUUUUUGCAGAAACUGAAGCGAGGCGAAGCGACGCUCCCUCGAUUCAGGGACGUCGAGUUCCACUCGCACGCCCAGCUGGACCAGUACUGCCGAGACCACCUACAUCUCCUGGACGACGACGAUCGCGCUCUUCUGAAGUCGUUCGAUCGUGCCUUCUGGCUGCGCCACAACCACCAAAAGCACAAAAAGGACCAAUCACUGUGGGACGCCAGUCUUCUGCCGGACAAGUGCUUCUUCCAAGACCCAUCUGAGACAGGCUCAUUCCCGGCACCGGUGAGCACCAUGCUGCGAGCAUUCUCGCAGCCGCCUCCAUGCAGUGAACUUCUGAGCCUGCCUCCUAUCCGGGUGCUGUGCAUGGACGGAGGUGGCAUGCGUGGAGUCAUCCUCAUCGAAAUGAUCCGCCAGCUGGAGGCCCGCACCGGGAAAAAGGCACCCAUCCCCCCCCCUCUCCUUCCCUCUCUUCUG